GCGCAGGGGCUUAGCCCUUGGCUCCCGGGGCGCGACCGUGAGGAGCGCCUCGCCGACGAGGAGGCGCUCAUCAACUUCGCCGUCCUUCUCGCUCGAGUCGUCGGGAGGACAGAGGGGGCCAUCAAGCAAAAGCUCUUCGCGGUCCGCUUCGCGCACCUGGUGGCUGGCUACUCGGACCCCCUGCUCCACAGGGGCCGGCUCUGGAGCACCCUAGCGGGGCUCAAGCGCUGGCAAGGGCCCGAGACUAAGCGGAAGAAACCGGUCACCCCGGCCAUGCUUGAGCGGCUCCGCGGCUUCCUCCAGCAAGAGGCCAAGCUCCCUGAGGAGGGCGCGGUGGUCAUCUGGGCGGCGAUCGUGAUGGCCUUCUUCUUCCUCCUUCGGGCCUCGGAGUACCUCCUCCAGGACGGGCGCUCGUGGUCUUUCGAGCGCGUGCUGCACGGGGAGGACGUAGAGCCUAGGAGGGCCGGCAAGCGCGUGCCCAACUUCCGGGACGCCGACGAGAUGGUGAUCUACAUCAAGGGCAGCAAGACGGACCAGCUCAACGUCGGGACGGUGAGGAACCACUACCGCGCCGGCACGUCGCUCUGCCCGAUCGCGGCGAUGGAGCGGCUCCAGGCUCACCAUCCCCAGCGGAUAAAGGGCGCCGAGGAACGGCUGCCCAUUUUCCCCUGGGCGUCAGGUACUCCGAUUCGCAGGGGCGAGGUGCAGCACUUCCUGACCGUCGCAGGGCUGGCCGCCGGGCUCUCCAGGGAGGAAAUCGGCAGCCGCUCCCUGAGGAUCGGCGGGGCGACCGCGAUGUACCACGUGACGGAGGACCUCUCCCGGGUGCGCCGGUUCGGGCGUUGGCAGUCGGACGCGUUCCACGGCUACUUGUGGGGGUCGCACGUGCCGAUGAAGGGCGUCUCCAGCAAGAUGGCCAAGGACACCUCAUCGCUGACCAACCCGGCGAGAGAAAGUGCACCCGCCACAGCCGCCGCCGGCGCCGAGAGCGCCAG